AUGUAAGCUAGCGUUCCACUAAACCCUCACACACCCCCACCCCAGAACAAGUCAAGAGCAGAGUGGGAGACAAAGACAAAUCAGGCCGGAUCAAACUUCCUUUUAGAAGAUACAGGUAGAAUAAAAAAAAAAACACACAGAGCUCGAACAGCACAGCUUGGGAUUUUCAUCAAAGCCACCAUGUCACAAUUCAGCACUCUUUCACCACGUGAGAGGAAAAUGCAGGCUGCCGCCCUUUGCCAUGAGGUUCAUGGCGAUUCCAACGGUGUUACUAUGGAUCUGGGAAAGAAACUUUCCACUCCUAAAGACAUUAUGCUAGAGGAACUGUCUCUCCUGUCAAACAGAGGAUCACGCCUUUUUAAGAUGCGACAACGGAGAUCGGAGAAAUACACGUUUGAAAGUAUUCAGAAUGAAGCCAAUACUACUUUUAAUAAUGAAAAUCAGGCCAAUGCUGAAAAUAAAGGCGUUGAUUCAAAAACACCACCAAACACACCAGAUUCCCGAAACCCAGCAAAUCCUGAGGACAUUGCACCUGGAUAUGGAGGGCCCUUGACAAACAUUCCUCCAGAGAGGUUCAAUGCUACAGCCAUGCCUAAAUCCUACCACUCCCCCUGGGAAGAGGCUAUCAUCAAUGACCCCACACUGGCGGACACACUCAAUCCUCACAUGCCUGUGCCUGAGCCUAAAGCAGAGUCCCCUGACUACAAAAGCUUUAACAGGGUGGCUACACCAUUUGGUGGUUUUGAUAAAGCCCCACGAGGGAUCACUUUUAAACUCCCAGUGGUGGACUUAAAUGUCCCGAAAUAUCCAGAGCUCCAAGAUCCUGCAGCUAAGCGGCCGACAUUCAACAGGACCGCCCAGGGGUGGAUCUCUGAAGGCCUGCCUGUUAUUUUACCCACUGUCUCUCUAGAGCCUUUUGAGAUCCCAGAGUCUGAAGACCUGUAACACAGAUGGAGCCCCUUACCGUCCCCCAAACCAAACUGCCUGAUUGCAGCAUAGGUUGUUGGUAGAUGUUAUCAAUAGCCCCAUAUCUAAUUUUUUUCUGUGUUAAGGUAACUUUGAUAUUGCUGGUCUUGAAAGAGCAUUUUCCACAUAUCAUUUAAGAGUGGAUGUCUCAGUGGAUCAGAACUAAAGGAUUACACAUGUAAUACACAAAACAUCAAUGUAUGAGGAAGCAUUAUCAGAUUUCAUUUUGAGUUGGGAUAGCAUAGUUUUAUCUGAAAAAAAUAUCACUGCAUACUAUAGAAUAAUACACUUGAUUUGCACCAAAGGAAAGAAAUCUAUACGCAAUGUAUUUUUGUGUCAGAUAGAUAUUUCUGAGCCCUAUGUUUAAAACAAUUAGCAUAUAGAAAAAUAUAAGAAGGUAAAUAUGGUAAUUUUUGAGUUCAUUUGCUGAUAGGUGGUUUUGGUACAGACAGCGAUUUUUAUGCAUGGUCAUACUGUGAAAUAUAAUCACUUCAGCUAAACAAAAUCACCCCUAAGGUUAUAUUGAGAUUAAAAUUUUUACUUUGUAGUAAAUUCAUAAAUAUUUAAAGUAUAAAAGUAAAAUGCAGCACAUUUAAGAAAAAAAAGUUUGGUUUCAGUAAAAAUCUAUAACAAUAUUUAUCAGGGACUAGGCAGUGAACAAUGAAAGCAGCCAUGUAAAUAUAAUUAUCCUGAAAAACUAUUAUGUAUUUCUGUUUUUCUUUUUCUUUAUGAAAUGUAUUUCUGUUUCGGCUAAUGUUUAUUCAUGUUGUUACAAAUUUUACUUGUAUUGUUGUUUCAAAAAGUGAUGUACAUGUACCAAUAAAAACCAAAUUAUUUAAAAAAA